GGAUAUAGAAGUUGGGAUACAAAGUCAACUUAUAACUGAAAUGAAAAUCUGUAGUAUAGCUAAUUUGCUUUUGGACUGAAGUUUCUAUAAACUCGAUUGGUCUGUCUCUAAAGGCAUGCAAAACCGCAAUUUUCUGUGUAGACAAACGAUUCGAAGUUUGGAAGAUGGAACUCAUAGACAAUCUCUGUGAUUUGGAGACUAGUCUUGGCACCAAUAUUCAUCAUGAAAUCAUGGCUCUCUCGGGCAAUGACACCUCCCUUACUACCGAUGAUUAUCAUCAGCCACAACCUGAUGAUCAUCAGCUCCCUAUCAACUUCACUCAACACAUUCAAAGCUUUUCUCAAAUUUCUGAUGAUCCAAAUCAUGACGACGUCUUAGGUGCUCGUUCCACAGCUCAUCUCAUGAAUGGAGAUUUUCGCCAAGAAACCGGAAAAGGAAAGUCGUUAGGAGGAAGAAAGAGAAAGAAUAGUGAAAAGGAUGGAGAGAAACUAAAAGAAGUAAUUCAUGUGAGAGCUAAGAGAGGCCAAGCUACUGAUAGCCACAGUUUGGCAGAAAGGCUAAGAAGAGAGAAAAUAAACGAGAGGCUGAGAUGCCUGCAAAAUCUGGUUCCAGGCUGCUACAAGACAAUGGGAAUGGCAGUAAUGCUGGAUGUGGUUUGCAGUUACGUUCAGUCACUGCAGAACCAAAUUGAGUUUCUGUCAAUGAAACUUUCUGCAGCAAGUGCGUAUUAUGAUUUCAAUACACCAGGUGUGGAUGCUGUGGACGCAAUGCAACAGCAGCAGGGCACAAGUACUGCAUAUCCGGAGGUACAAGAGAUGGUAGUAAGAUCAGAAGGGUAUGGAGGACUUCCUCACUACAACAACGCAACAUGGCCUAUUUGAGAAGUGAGAGUACGCUCAAUCUUCUUCAGAUCCCAUGCUCCUAAGCCCUACAUGUACAUGUGGAGACAAUGAAGCACAAGACGACGAUCAAUGCCAUCUUCUCUAGCUUCCAUGGAUCCCAUAAUAUAUACAAUAAAAUAUUCUUUUUUCAUGCUUA